AAGUCAUUGAAUACCUGCAGUGUCGUUGGAGGAUAGACGUGUAGCAACAAUGGCAGCUCCCAGUAGGAAACAGACUUUAAAAUUUUUGAGCCAGUUGGGAGCGUUUAUUUUAACACGGUUCGGAUUUUGGAACUGCUUCAGCAUGCUAAUGCUGUUUGCUGAACGAGCGGACUCUAAAAGGAAGCCUGACAUCCACGUACCGUACCUGUAUGUGGACAUGGGGGCUGCGGUGCUCUGUGCCAGUUUCAUGUCAUUUGGAGUGAAGAGGAGGUGGUUUGCAAUGGCUGCUGCCGUACAACUGGCCCUGAGCACGUACGCGUCGUAUGUUGGAGAGCAGGUGUACUACGGGGACUGGCUUAAGGUACGCAUGUAUUCCAGAGCGCUGGCCAUCAUCGGAGGCUUCCUGGUUCUGGCCAGUGGGGCGGGGGAGGUGUACCGACAGAAACCUCGCAGCAGAUCCCUGCAGUCUACUGGACAAGUCUUCCUGGGAGUCUACCUCAUCUGCAUGGUGUACUCCUUACAGCACAGCAAAGAGGACCGGCAGGCGUAUCUGAACCACAUCAUAGGAGGGGAGAUCACCCUGAUGCUGCUGGAGGUGCUGUUCGGGGUGCUGGCUCUGGCCUUCCUCUCUGGCUGCUACAUCCGCCUGGCCGCUCAGAUCCUGGCCACCGUCCUGCCUCUGGUGAUCCUGCUCAUUGACGGCAACCUGGGCUACUGGCACAACAAUCGCAAGGUGGAGUUCUGGAACCAGAUGAAGCUGAUAGGACACAAUGUGGGCAUCUUCGGCGCUGUGCUGAUCCUGGCUACCGACGGUUGAACCCUCGGGCUCUCGGGGACAAGUUUUACACGGCGAGGUGUCCGCUCAGGUGGAGAUUGUUGGCCUUCACGUCACAGCAUGACUUCGUACUCAGAGCUGCCGUCGCUCAGUGACCUCUCAGGAUUCAGACACUCAAAGCUGAGACUGUUGGAUGUAUGCAGCAUCGAUUACCUUUGCCUACCUGUUGCUAACUUUGCUUUUACGAGAAAAAGAUAAAAACUGAGCUUCCUUUUUCGCGGUUUUAUAAUUUAUUCAGAUUCAUGUUUACACUUUUGUCUCUUUUACGCUCUGAAACACAACACUGAGUAUUCGUACUGUAUAUCUUCAGAGAAAAUAUCUUUUAUUCCAAAAGAAUUUAGUCUUAAAAGGUUCAAUAAUGUUUUACAGUAUAUGGUUCAAAUAUUUUACUAUGAAAGGGAAGUUUAGAAUUUAACUUCUGUGGUAAUGUCCAUGAAAUGGGAGGGCUACGCUUACGGCCAUUUAGUAAUAAACACUUGUGUUGCUUUGUAUUGAGGUUUCAUAAGAAUUUCAUGGUAUUGAAUAAGCACAGCUUUUUUUAUUAUCUUCUGUAAAUAUUGUUCGCAUUUUGUAUGAAAUUAUUUCAUUUAGGUGCACGAAUGUGCACAAAAUGCUGAAGAUUGUCCAUGUUUAAGUAUUUUGACCAUUAAAAUUGAUUAAUUUCACUGAA